UCAACUCUAGAUAUUUUUGAAUUCUACCAAAAAUAUUAAUUGUCCUGUAGAAAUACAACUGUGAUUUGAUUCGGAAUUAUUUGCAGUGCACUUAUAAUAUUUUAGUCUUGCCGCAAAAUGUCUGAACGGAAAGUGUUGAAUAAAUAUUAUCCUCCGGACUUUGAUCCGUCAAAGAUUCCUCGUAUGAAAUUGGCCAAGAACAGACAGUAUACCGUUCGUUUAAUGGCUCCAUUUAACAUGAGAUGUAAGACCUGUGGAGAAUAUAUCUAUAAGGGGAAAAAAUUCAAUGCACGAAAGGAGGAUGUUGAGAAUGAAACAUAUUUAGGAAUACGUAUUUACCGUUUUUACAUUAAGUGUACGCGUUGUCUACAGGAAAUUUCCUUUAAAACCGAUCCGAAAAACACUGAUUAUGAAAUUGAAGCAGGCGCUACACGAAAUUUCAUGGCUCUAAAACUGGCCGAAGAACAAGCUCGUAGGCAAAUAGAGGAAGAACGUGAGGAAGAGGCGAAUAAUCCAAUGAAGUUGCUUGAAAACAGGACACAGCAAUCGCGCAAUGAAAUUGAAAUGCUUGAAUCGUUGGAAGAGUUACGGGACUUAAAUCGACGUCAGCACAACGUGGAUUACGAAUCUAUGCUGCAACAAUAUAACAACGUGGAAUCGGAGCAAGAAAGAUUAAAGCGCGAAGAAAAAGAAGAUGACGAGUUUGUGAAGUCUAUAAAUUUUAAAACAAGUAAAAGCGGAAACAAAAUUGUUGCUGAAGAAAUUAUUGAAGAAGUUAAGGAUGAGCCAAUUUUAUCGACAGAUGCCAAGAAAGCCAAAAUUGAUCUUCCAACUAUGGCUAAUGGCAUAAAAUUUAAAUCAACAACAACAAAGUCUGUACCGAUCCUAAAACGUAAAACUCCUCUUGUCAUUCUUAAAUCAAACCCCACUGCAGCAACUACUCUUUUAACAACAAAGGAAACCACAAAUAUUCUUCCGUCAACAACAGAAACUACGAUUAAACAGGCUGCUACAGCAUCAUCGACGACAACAACAGAUAGUCAAAAACCAGCUGAAGCUAAGAAUGGCGGACUUUCAUUACUGUCAAAUUAUCUAAGUAGUUCUGAAGAAUCAGAAUGAUUUUCACAAAGCAUAGGCAAACAAAUUAAUAAAGUCACUAUAAAAAAAUAUAAAAA